CUUCCACCACAACAGCCACCAUAUUGGUACAAUAGAGCUAAUCAAACUCAUACUUUAUGGCAAAAUGAAGCUGAUCGACAGAAUCGUGAAGCUAGCGGAUAUGGUAAUACUAUUCAAACUAGCUACGAUUAUGCAGAUUAUCGUGGUGAUCAACGUAAGUACGAUAAAUCAAUCGGUGAUUAUGAUGGUUUCGUAUCACAAAUGCAAUAUACAACAGAUAUGGGUCGUAGUGAUAAUGGUCCGGAAAGUGUACAACGACAACAACAAUAUAUGACAGAGCAUGGGAUACCAACUACACAGAGCAAUUAUUUAAAUUAUCCUCCUGCUAUACCUGUUGGACCACCACAUCCGGUAUCAUCCGGUACUCAACAACAUUCAUCCACCUGGCAAUCACAAAGUUCACGUUAUGAACAAAAAAUGCAUGAGCGUUCCACGGAAAGAAUGAUAAGUAAUCAACCAAUUAGUGCAACUGCAUUACCGGUAAUGAAUCAAGCUGAAAAAUAUGCGAUCGAAAAAACGAAUUAUCAACGAAAAACACAUCACGAAACUGCUGCACCUUAUAAUACCUCGAUUGUAUCUGUUACGCAAGGUAGCGGUAAUUUCAAUCGACGUGCUGAAAUGUCUGAG